AUGGCUUCUUUAUUAAGUUCAAUUGCCAAGGCAAUCAAACCAGAAACCCAACAGAAGAAGGAAAAAGCACAGCAAAAGGCUGCUGCUGAAAGAGCUGCUGCUAAAAAGACUAGAAGAGUCUCUAACAAGGAAAAGAGAAGUGUCAUUUACGACAGAGCUGCUAAAUACCAAAAGGAGUAUACUGAUGCUGAAAGAUCAGUUAUCCAAGCCAAGAGAGAUGCUAAAGCUUCUGGUUCAUACUAUGUUGAUGCUCAACCAAAAUUGGUUUUCAUUGUGAGAAUCAAAGGUAUUAUGAAAAUUCCACCAAAACCAAGAAAAGUUUUGCAAUUGUUGAGAUUGACCCAAAUCAACUCUGGUGUCUUUGUAAGAUUAACCAAAGCUACAUCCGAAUUGAUCAAAUUGGCUGAACCAUACAUUGCUUACGGUUACCCAUCAUUGUCAACCAUCAGACAAUUGGUUUACAAGAGAGGUUACGGUAAAGUCAACAAACAAAGAAUCGCUUUGUCUGACAAUGCUAUCAUUGAAGCUAACUUGGGUAAAUACGAUAUCUUGUCCAUUGAAGAUUUGAUUCACGAAAUCUACACUGUUGGACCAAACUUUAAGCAAGUCAACAACUUCUUAUGGCCAUUCAAAUUGUCUAACCCAAAUGGUGGUUUCAGAUCAAGAAAAUUCCAACACUUUAUCCAAGGUGGUGAUACUGGUAACAGAGAAGAAUUCAUCAAUGCUUUGGUUAAACAAAUGAACUAA